AUGUCCGACCAAUCUACUGCGCGGGAAUCCGCAUUCGAGGAUGAAAUGGAGGGCCAGGAUUCCAAUCGACGAACUAUCAUCGACAGAGUCAAAUCGGCCUGGAAUAAGACUGGUUUGGAUCGACAGUCGAUUCUUUUGAUGAUAAAAGGCGCAAUUGCCCCAACAAUUGGUCUCGCCAUUUUCCAGGCAGAUUCUAUUGCGGUAUAUUUCACGACUUCUGGCUACCUGAUAGCCAUCAUCUCGGUGCUAGGAUUUUCGAUUAUGCCCCGGGCAAAGUUUGUGCAAAUGAUGGUGCUCGACAUACUCGCAGUCUGUGUGGCGGCCGCCGUUGCUAUGCUCAUGAUGUAUGCUACGGUCAAGGCACGCGAACAAUCGACUGAUUCGGACCAGUCCCUGACAACUAGCUCUGGUUUCGCGCCAUACAAUUCGUCUGCUUCGGUGACUAGUGGAGUCUUUCUGUUCUUCCAAACCUACUUGGUUCAUUCGUUUCGGGCCAAAUAUCAGCAGUUUCAGUUCCCUGUUAUCAUCUACUCCAUUGUGGCGAACGUCACCUUCUCUUUUGCUCCGUUGCUACCUACCAUGCCUGCGGCGACAUCAAUGGUCCGUCGAAUCCUAGAAGCAGGGUUGUUGGGAUUGGGGCUAUCUACCGGAGUGUCGUUUUUCGUCUUUCCCCUCUCUUGCCGAACAGUAGUGUUCAAGCAAAUGGAAGGCUAUAUCGGGGCCUUACGCUCUACUCUCAAGGCACACACUGCUUAUUUCGAAGCCCUGGAGAGCGAUAAUGUCUUCGGUCGGACAGCGACCUACGACUCGACAGUGGAGAAGAUUGACAAACACGGCAAGGUAUAUACACCUGAAGCAGCGACAAUUCGAAAAGCAGUGCAGAAAAUAACCGAGCUUCACGGAAAAAUGAGUGGUGAUUUGACUUUUGCGAAACGUGAAAUCGCGAUUGGUCAACUGGGCCCUGAUGAUCUUCAGUCCAUAUUCCGGCAUCUCCGCCAAACUAUGAUACCUGUGGUCGGUCUCAGCUUCAUAGUUGAUAUCUUUGAGCGACUCUCGGAGUACAAUAGGUGGAACGAGCCGAUUGACCCAUCAACCGUUAUAUCGGUAGACCUCCGCGACCGCGCGGUACACGAGUGGAAUGAGAUCAUGAGCGCAGUUCAUGACCCAUUUGUUUCUAUGAUUCAAACCAUCGAUGAGGGCCUCCAGCACGUUGGGUUGACUAUGAAGUUGACAAAACCUCCAAAAACAACCAAACCUGCGUCAGACCCCGAGGCAUCCGCGAACCCACUCCCAGGUGACAAGGGUUUCCGAACUCACUUGGAAAAGAAAUUGUCUGAUUUCAAGAUCGCUAAGCGGCUUGCCUUGCGCGCAUGGAGCGAGGAAAAGGGCAUCACUCUUCCUCCUGACUUCUUCGAGCAUCCAGCGACGGCGCAUCUGGAAAUGGAAGACCUGCCUAUAGAUGGGUCCGCCAAUCGAGACCGAGCGCGGAGACAGCUAUAUCUCUUUCUCUAUAUGGACCAACUCUUGGCUUCUGCUGGCCACACAGUUCUUGACUUUGUCCGAUACGCCGACCGAAAAGCUGAGAGUGGAAAGCUCUCAAGGACCCGACUCAUUAUUCCGGGUAGUAAACGGCUUCGCAAAUGGAUUCUGAGCAUCUUCAAGACAGAUGACUCUCAUGGGGAGGAUCACUUGGGGGAUGUAAAUGCCCAUAAUGGUGUGCUCCAACUCGGGGAAGCGUACAGAGCCCGAAAAGACCCAGAGCACCUGCCUGCGACAACGACAUUCGAAAAAAUCGGUGACAAAGUUCGACGAAUACCCUCAAUGCUGCGCUCACCUGAGUCGGCUUACGGGUUUCGAGUUGCAUGCGCCACCAUGACUAUCGCCGUCGUCUACUUCAUCCGAGAUACCCAGGAAUUCUUCAUCAGGCAGCGCUUUGUCUGGGCCAUUAUCAUGGUCAACUUGAGCAUGUCUCCAACGUCUGGACAGAGUAUCUUUGGUUUUACCCUCCGAAUUCUGGGAACUAUACUAGCAAUGGUGCUCAGCUUCCUGUGUUGGUACAUCCCUGGGCAGAGAACUGCUGGCAUCCUCGUUUUCUUCUUUCUUUUUGUUGCAUGUGCGUUCUACAUUCCGGUUAAACAGUUCCGUUUUCGAAUUGCAGGUAUCAUCACCAUCAUCUCCACCGCCAUGAUAGUCGGAUAUGAGCUGCAGGCCCGCAAAAUCGGAGAACAGAAUGUGGCCGCAAAUGGGCAGACGUACUAUCCAAUCUACCUUCUUGCGCCCUAUCGGGUGGCGGUGGUGGUAGGGGGAAUAGCCGUGGCCUUCUUUUGGACCUUCUUCCCUUACCCAAUCUCCGAGCAUUCCGUUCUGCGGCAGAAUCUGGGCUCGAGCCUGUACCUUCUUGCUAAUUACUAUUCAAUCAUCCACGAAACGGUGACUGCAAGGAUGCGAGGUGAUGAAGGGGAGGUCGCACUCAAGACUGCGGCGGGAAAAAGACUCCUCAAGGCACGAAACAAAGUGUUUUCGAAACAGAUGAUCAUGCUGAGCAGUCUUCGUACGUACUCCGAGUUCCUCAAAUGGGAAGUGCCUAUUGGGGGUCGCUUCCCCAAAGAUCAGUAUGACCGCAUCAUUACUUGUAUUGAGAAUAUUGUCAACUACCUAAGUCUUCUGGGAUACGCAUCAGACUCGCUCAAACUACUGGGAAACGAUGACGAAUCCGACUCUGCUUGGCUCAACGAUUUGAAAAGAUUGAUUGCCAGCGCCCGGGUUACAACCCACCAAGUGACUACUGUUUUAUGUCUCCUCUCCGCAAGUCUCACAAAUCAGCAGCCUUUGCCUCCUUUUCUGAAGACCCCUCGGCCAUAUAGCUUCUCAAAGCGUCUGGAACAGUUGGACAGGAGCAUUCUCAGCCUUAGGCAUAUAGCUGAACCCGGUUUUGCAACGUUUGCAGUUCUCCAGAUCUCCACAAGAUGUAUUGUUGGCGAUGUCGAAAGAUUGAUGAAGGAUGUAAGGACCCUCGUUGGAGAGCUUGACUUUUCAUUCCACGCCUUGAGUACUCGACAUGGCAGCCUAUCUACAGCCGAUGUUUCGCGAGCACCGUCACAGGCCCCUACAGAACGGAACAAGCUCGACUGAGCGGUAUAUACAUAUAGCAAAUGCGCAUGUUGGAAAUAGAGAACCACAACAAUUGAAAGUCUUUCUGUUUCAUUGUGCUCUUAGAACCCUGGCCCUGCUUUAUACUGAUGCUCCCAACUUGUACAGAUACACCACUGGCCACUAGUAUAGGAGUUUCCGAAACGCCUGUUACGUAUUGGCCCUGACCCUGAUUUACGGGGAAGGUGUUUAGGAUGAUGUUGUUACCCGCGCUGGUGCGAUCUGUGCUCGCAUACCAGACGCUUACCGCAGCGAAUAGGAUUGCCGAUUGAAGGGGUG